ACACUGACAGCGAGUCAGUAAAGAUGGCGGCGGGCGCUGCGCGGCCGGCAGGAGCGCGCGGUGUGCAGUAAUGUCCGCGCCCGCGCCCCACGCCCACGGGCGCGCCCCCGUGCGGCGCAGGGGGCACCAACACCACCCGCGGCUCAGGGGCGACCGGACACCCGCCCCCGACCCGCAACCUCCGUCCGCGGUGACCCUAGACAAUGUUGUGCCUUGUGACAGUGUUAGUGAAUCUCAAUCGACAAGGACGAAUAGUGACGAUGCACUUUCGAAUCGAAUCGAGGACUCGAUUGAUGAUGAAAUCGAUUUCGGUGUCAACGUCGAGUCUAACUUCAGUUCGGACGAAGAGUUUUCUUUCCACGAGGAGCGUUCGGCCGGCGACGGGGCGGAGGUCGUGACUCUGCCCUCUGACAUAUCUGAUGACGACCCAGAGACGGUGGAACUCGCCAAGUUGCGGUGUCCCAGCGAGUGUACCGAGGUGUUAGCGGCCAGAGAGAACCGCCGCCGCCGAAGAUGUGCGGACUACCCCGGCCUAGCGUUCGGCAGCUCCAUAUUCUCCUCCGACACUAUGAUGAAGUUUUCUAUUAUUAAGAAUGAGUUGCAGAAUAUAAAGAACACGGCGUUAAAAAGGGCCGAGUCCGAGGUCGCAGCUCUUAACAGACGCAUCCAACUGCUGGAGGAGGACCUUGAGAGGUCUGAGGAGCGUCUCGCCACCGCUACCGCUAAGCUCGCCGAGGCCAGCCAGGCAGCUGAUGAGUCCGAACGAAUACGCAAGGCGUUGGAGAAUCGUACCAAUAUGGAGGACGACCGCGUCGCCAUUUUGGAAGCUCAACUGUCACAGGCGAAGCUCAUCGCUGAGGAGUCUGACAAGAAAUACGAAGAGGUGGCGCGCAAGCUCGUGCUGAUGGAGACGGACCUCGAGCGGGCCGAGGAGAGGGCGGAGCAGAGCGAGUGCAAAAUCGUCGAGCUUGAGGAGGAGCUCCGCGUUGUCGGCAACAACCUGAAAUCCCUCGAAGUCUCCGAAGAGAAGGCGAUGGCGUCCCGUGAUCACGUCGAGGAUAAGAUACACAGCCUCACGCAGAAACUCACGCAAGCUGAGGCUCGCGCUGAGUUCGCUGAGCGCUCUGUCCAGAAACUGCAAAAGGAGGUCGACAGGCUUGAAGACGACCUGGUGGCCGAGCGCGAAAAGAGCAAAAUCCUUCAGGAGGAGAUGGAGGCCACGCUCCACGACAUCCAGAACAUGUGAACAUUCCCCUACCCUCCCGACUCUAUCGAUAUCGAUGAACUUUACGACCCCGCGACAACCCCUCACUAUAUGGAUGUCAUUCCUGACACUUGUCAAUUUUGACGUCUGUCAAACUUGACAAUUGUCGCUAUGACAUUUGGUCACUUGUAUAUGGUUAGGUCGGGCAUACGUCAUUAUUUAUUGAAUGUUUUUUUUGAUACUUUUACAAUAUGACUAGGUAUCGAGCGAGGCGGACGGGUGUAACUGUAAAGUAAUUGCCAGCCGCUUUUUUUUUUAUGUCUGAAGAUCGAGCGUUCGCUACGACACCACUGCCAUGUGCAAUUCUUUUUAUAUAUCGUACACAGUUUACUAAUACUUCUAUAUAUUUUUUUUGCCAUUAAGUAUACCUUUCAUUCGUCGUUUCUAUUAAGUAUAAUUUUGAUAUUUAUAAGGCAUCUCGACAUUCCGUAACCGGGACCAAGGUAGUCGUGAAUACUGUCAAAAUUCAUAGCAAUUGAAAGACAAGCUGUAAAGACAUUCCUCAAGUCAUUCCUACUCAAUACCGACGUAAUAUACGCUGCACUGUUUGCGGUUUAAUAAUGAGUUUUUUGUAUUUUUUUUUUUUUAAUAGUAGAGAUUUUUUUAUUUCCGAGUGAAGGUAACGCUAAAGUAAUGAUAUUUAUGCUUAAUGAAUUAUAAUACUUUAAUUUUCUCGUGUCAUAUUCCGGCGCUGUUAUUUAUUGAAGUAAAUACGAAUGAUGACAUCAAAUGAAGUAGCUUUUGUAAUUCCAGCUGGCAUUUAGCCUCCGCGGAGGUUCGCGUUAUUCAGUAAAGUAAAUAAAAUGUUAUAAAAACACGAUCGAGGGUAAUCCGUCUUUUUUUUUUUUAAUGUUGUCGAUUAAUGGAUUGAGAGAUAAGUUCGUGAGAAAUAAAUUAAUAAUUUUAAGAGUAUUCUAACACAAGUGUUUAUAAAUAUAUUAUAUUAUUAUUUUUAA